AUGGCUGUGGUAUCGUUCCUGGAAGAACUGGAUCCUCAGGCCUUUGGUCUCUCAAGCGACAUCAGGGUCUUGAGCGACUUGUCGGAUAUCCAUGCGACCACAGGAAGAUCCAACCCAACUGCAGUGCCUUUGCUCAACUUCCAGGAGGGCUUUGACCAGACGAAAGCAUUGGGACACAAAGUCAGCCAGGAACUCGUUGGCGUGGCCGAAGAAGGUAUCAAAGUGAUCUCGGAUGUCGUCCAGGAUGGGUACUCAAAAUUCUUUGGAAGGUUUUUGACAACCUCUGAUGGAAGCACGCCCUUUGGUGUCGGUAGUCCAAGAGUCCAGAAUCAGACACGGGGGACAAGGUCAUUGUCAGCAGCCUCUUCGCUUGCGGCGACUGCUGCAGCUGCAGCGGCGGCAUCUGUGAGCCCAGCAAACUCUCUGGAGGAGGAACGGAAGCGGAGAGCAGCAGCUGUGACGAACGCGAUGACAAAUGCAGGGCCACGGACAGGAUCGGGAUUGCCGGAUGAGAAGAGCCGGAUCUCGGGACUGGUAAGUCCGGCAGAGGCUACGAGCAAUGUCUCGGCUGUGAGUGUGGAUGGAUCUGCAGGCACGACUGGCGUGGAAAAGUCCAGUCCUCAUGACAGCGCAAUGGAAGCCGCCGCAAGGAAUCGUGUGCUCGACUUUCUUCGGACAGCAGAUGGUCCUCAGAUCCAUUUCAUGGCGUGCACGAAUUCUGGAGACCUCCGACUCAGCGAUAUCAAAGGUUUGUUGGAGGAUUACCAGAGAAUCGGCAAGAUGUUGGAGCAGGCUAAGAAACUCGCCUAG